AUGUCGCCAGCAACCGUUUCAACCAGCAAGUUAAAGUCAUCCUUGUUUGGUUCAUCGUCGUCCUCUCAAAAUAAUCAUCAUGUAUCGGAAUCAUCAAAAUCAAAUAAUCCAGUAUCACCAUCGUAUCGGGAUCGAACAAUUAGUGAACAGGAAGAUGAUUUACAAGAAUCGGAAUUUGAUCAAGUUGCAAUGGAGAUGGGAAAAUCAAGUCAGGCGUUAAAACAAAUUGCUGGAGAAAUGCGUGAUGAAGUUACGUCACAGGUUUCUUCCCUGAAAAGAACCACAACCACUGCGUCGGAAACACAAUCUGGGAUGGGCGGAAUAAUGAAACACAUGAAACAAGUGUUUGAAGUGAGAACUUGGAAACAAAUGUGGCAACUAGUUGGAAUUAUUGUCGUUACAUUUUUCAUUGUAUAUUAUUCGAUAAGGAUAUCGUGGUAUUUUUUAAUGUCGUCCUCAACAGAAGCAAAACAGUAA